UCAUCAACACAUCAUCCUCAUCAACACAUCAUCAUCCUCAUCAACACAUCAUCACAUCAUCAUCAUCAACACAUCAUCAUCAUCAACACAUCAUCCUCAUCAACACAUCAUCCUCAUCAACACAUCAUCCUCAUCAACACAUCACCCUCAUCAUCCUCAUGUCCUCCUAUGUCAGCAAUCCAUGCUUUGGUUUAGUUUCCCCUGGUACUGUUUCCACUUGCUAAUGUUUUAGCAUUUGUGGCACAAAUCCCAUUCAAGUCAUCCGACCAAUAUUAGCAUUUUUUGCACAUUUCUUUUAGUCAUUUUAUCAUGUCCAAAUCAUGUCCAAAUCAUCCAAAUGUAUAAAAUUCAAUGUGAAGCUCAACAAAGUCACUUAUAGAUGAUUUGAACAUGAUGUGCUAAUGUUAAUCUGACAAAUCAUAUUAUCGGUCCCAUGAUUUGAAUUAGAUUUUUGCUACAAAUGCUAUAAUGUUAUGUAAAUGUAGGAGUGUUUGACAUUGCAGCCGACUUUAUAGACGAGUCGAGAUCUACAAAUGACCUUGCAUGAUAAAUAACUACUCACUCACUCAGUCAGUCAGUCAGUCACAAUUUACCCACGAUGCAUCACAGUUUUGAUGCUCUCGAACACUGUAUGUGUGACUGAGGAAGGAAGCCCUCUCUGCAUCAGCUUCUUAGUUCCUGACAUAGAUUUGUCUAGAGGGUCCAUCUAUGCAUAUUUGUCAUUAUGUCGUCUGCAACAGAAUUAGAAGAGCAAUUGAGGACUAUCUCCAUUUUAAAGUAGUUAAUGUCUUCUUCUUCAACUUCCAUAACUUUAAUGACAGUCGGUAAACCAACUGAAAGUUUGUAUUCAAUGGCUUUAGUUUUGAAGCAAGUGCGCCCUCUAUUAAACUCUAUGGACACAGACUACUUCAAUGUUGGGUUAACCACAGAUCUCAAACUUCACACUCAGUGUCUGUUUACUGACAGUAAGUUAACUUACAACACGUCUACCCUUCACUCUACUGCAGGGUGGGAGAUGCAACAAUGGCCUUGAGAACAGCAGGAAGUGUGUUGCUGGUAUUUCUCUGGUCUGUGACAGUGGUACUGGGUCAGAAUGUCUGGAGUGUGACUUACACCAAGAAAAGUAUCUGUGCCUUGAAGGGGUCAACAGUGGAGCUGCACUGCUCUUAUACAUAUCCCAGUGGUACAGUCACAACAACCCUCUGGUUCACUGAAUCUGGGACUGGUAAAGAACCUAAAGAUCUAGGUCAGGACCCAGAGUAUGCAGGUCGUCUGGAGUGUCAUGGAGAUCAGAAGAAUUGUCACACACUGAGGAUCACAGACCUGAGAGAGAGUGACUCUGCUGAGUACAAGUUCAGAUUAUUAACAGAUCAGACCGGAGGGAAAUAUAUUGGCAGUCCUGGAGUCACUCUGUCUGUCACAGAUGUUGUGUUGGAGAUGGAUCCUACAUCUGUGUCAGAGAGGGAGAAUGUCACACUGAUAUGUAGAACCAAAUGUACACUGGACCCCAUCACAGCCUACAGUUGGUAUAAGAAUGGACAGCCUAUACCAAACAGCAACACCUCCUCUCCUGUCUAUAGCCUAUUCUCAGUCAGCAGUGAGGAUACAGGCCGAUACUCCUGUGCUGUAGAAGGCCAUGAGGAUCUCCCCUCUGCUGAAGAGACUCUCACUGUCACAUAUGGUCCAAGGAACACCUCAGUGUCAGUCAGUCCCUCUGGUGAAAUAAUGGAGGGCAGUUCAGUGACUCUGACCUGCAGCAGUGAAUCCAACCCACCUGUGGACAAAUACACCUGGUACAAGAAGAAUGUUACCUCACCAAAAGCAUCAGGACAGAGUUACAGCAUCACUAACAUCAUCUCUGAGGACAGAGGAGAAUACUACUGUGAGGCUGAGAAUACAAUAGCAUCUAAUAACUCUACAGCUCUGAUGAUCAUUAUAGCAGAGAACCAAACCUCAGUUCUAACUGCUGCUGUAGGAAUCAUAGUGGUUGUUCUGGGUGUCAUACUGGCUUCAUGUCUCUCUGGCUUCAUGUGGUUCAGGAAGAAGGCCUCCAAAUCCACCUUUGACACAAGACACACAGCAGACGACGGACAGGGAGACUCUAGUGCAGUGUAUGGCAACAUCUCAGGCAUGGCCAUGACCCCUGCUGCAGCACAGACAGUGGCCACCUUCGACCAGGAACAGGACGAGGAUGUCCAGCCCACGGUGGAACAAGCAGCUGAGGAGGACCCCUCUGUUCUCUACAGUACAGUCAACAAACCCAGAACCAAGAAGACCUGAACACAACAAACCCAGAACCAUGAAGACAUGAACACAACAAACCCAGAACCAAGAAGACAUGAACACAACAAACCCAGAACCAAGAAGACAUGAACACAACAAACCCAGAACCAUGAAGACAU